UUUUAAUAGAAUCACCAAUGAAUGCCAUAACUUUCAAUAACAAUAUUGAUUGUAUUAAUUAUAUAUAUAAGAUCGAUCACUUCCUUAGGCCACUUUUCCUACUAGAAACAUAAACAGAAAUGCCACAUAACAAUCUCCUUAAAAGAAUCCUAAAAGGUUAAUACAUUCAUUAUCUCUAGAGAAUUCGAUUACAAACUGAUCUAAUCGCAAACUUAGAAUCUUAAUACAUCCUCUCAUUCUUUAUCAAGACUUCGAUCAGACACUCCUAUUACUAUUAGAGGAUAAAAUUAUCGCUAUGUCGGUUAAAUGAAUGGAAACUAAAAAGAAGGAGUUGGUUCCUAUUCUACAAAUGAACUAGAAUAUGAAGGAUAAUGGUUCAAUAAUGUUUAUCAUGGAUUUGGAAAAUUGUAUUAAGAAGGCAAACUAUCAUAUCAAGGGUAAUUCAAAAAUGGUUUAAAAAAUGGAGCUGGAAUUGAAUAUUAUGAUGAUGAAUCUUAUUUUGUGGGCAAUUUUGAAAGGGAUCUUAAAAAUGGUAUAGGAACACUUUAUAAAAAGAAUGAAAAAUUAUAAGGAAUGUGGCAAAAUGAUAAAUUAUUUGAGAAAUAUUGA